CCAAGUUUCGCCUGGGUGUUGACCACUGUUGUUGAGUACACACAUGGUUCAGUCUCUUUAUUUGUUUCUGUAAAGUAACCAGAUGUGUUGCAUGUGCCAGAAGUUAAGGGUGCAGCCAAAGCAGGUGGAAAAGUGUGUUAAAGGUUGAUGUGAGCGAGUCCCAUUCCAGAGGCUUGCAGCCGUGCAUUCAGUGCCGUCCAGUGACUUAAGAGGCAGGUGAAACCAACCAGUGCUUCUCAGCCACGUCAAGGCAAGAAACUCUUCUCAAAGCGUUUUACUCCUUUUCUCUGCUGUGGAAAGACUGCUUAAUAAGGAGGGGGACCCUCUCAGCCUGACAUACUAGGAAAUGGCGCCGAAGACCGUGCUGAUCGUCUAUGCCCAUCACAGUCCAACCUCGUUUAAUGCUGCUGCAAAGGAUGUGGCUGUGCAGACGCUCACUGCACGGGGAUGUAAAGUCAUUGUAUCUGACCUCUAUGCCAUGGGCUUCCAUGCUGUUGCAACAGAGGCAGAUAUCAAAGGUAAACUGAAGAACCCUGAACACUUUCUCUAUGCUGAAGAGACCUUUACUGCCUACAAGGAAGAUCGACUGAGUGAUGACAUCAAAGAAGAGCACCUCAAGGUGGCGCAGGCUGAUCUGAUCAUCUUUCAGUUCCCACUCUACUGGUUCUCUUACCCUGCUAUAGUGAAAGGCUGGAUGGAGCGAGUGCUAACUCGAGGAUUUGCCUACACUCUGCAGAACACGUAUGACAAUGGCUUGUGCAAGGAUAAAAAGGCUGUCCUGUCAUUCACUACUGGAGCACCGGAAACUAAGUUCCAACCUGAUGGCAUCAACGGAGAUGUCAAUGUUCUACUAUGGCCCUUACAGAACGGUGUUCUGCACUUCUGUGGUUUUCAGGUUCUGGCUCCUCAGAUCUUUUGGGGUCCUGCACACGCUUCUCCCUCUGAGAGAAAAGCCAUGUUGGAGGCAUGGCAGGCCAGACUGAAUGGUCUGCUGGAGGAGCAGCCACUGUCCUUCGCUUCUUCUAAGCUUUUUGACCUCAGUGUCCAGGCAGGGGCCAGACUACGGCCUGAGGUGAAAGAAACAUAUGCCUCUCAACCCUACGGCCUCACCACGGGGCAGCACCUUGGCAAACCACUCCCUCCAAACAACCAGACCAAGUCUCCUCCGAAUGACAAACACUAGACAAACGCUCACAAAAGUAAGCCUAGCUUGAAGAUAUGGGGGAAUGCACAUGUUCUGAAAUGUGAAGGCUUUAAAGUCAAGUUUCCUUGAACCCUUUAAACCUUCGGCUUAUAAUUCACUUAUUAAUCUUAGGACCUAUUAUUCAGUAACUACUUUGGUUUAUAUAGUAGCUACUAUAAAAAUAAUAAGUUGUGCACUUAUGAGAGUGAGGAAUUGAAGCGUGGGCCUACAUACGGAUCCUUUGGAGUUUAAGGGGUUCAAUUACUCUGCAUAUCCCACCUAUUACUAGUCUACUUUGCUUAAACCUGUUACCACAAAACAUGGAUUUCUAAAAAAUGCUAUGUACUCUGAAGUGGUGGUAUGCCGAUUUUUAUUUUUAGUACUUUUAAUACUUUUUUUCUAGUUUAACUUGUGUAUUGAUGCUCUCAAUUUUACUGAUUCUCUCUUUUUACCUUAUUGAUCGUUUCUUACAAAUCUAACUCUCAACUAACUGUAACUCUAAGCUAACCCACAGACACAUGAUUCUGAAAAUAACAAUAAAGAAACUCAAUCCCUGGCAA